CAUCUUCAGGGGGAAACAUAAUUCGACACAACACCGGUACAGAAUAAAAUACAGAAACGUCGCACAGUAUGGUAGAGCUCUUUGUUGAGUCAGUCAGUUUUAGGACGUUAUUUGCAGUGUGGUUUGACUAAUACCAGAAUAAAUCAAAAAUGUCUUUUAGUUAUUUUUAUUGAGGGUCUACUUCAAUAGAACAAAAUCAAAGUGGACCCUCACAGUUUAUGUUUGAUAUGAUUUUUUUGUGGUUCCUCACCUUGACCAAUGUUUAAAGGUGCUUAAGCGCGUGCAGGCCUACCAUCAUGACUUAUUGAAUGUUGCCUUUGGACAGGAGGAGACGGGCACUCAGAGGUGUGGCUCAGGAGGUAGAGCGGGUCGUUUCCUAACCGGAGGAUUAGCGGUUCGAUUCCCGGCUUGUCCAGUCAACAUGUCGAGCCUGGCAGUGCUGCAGAGCAGGGGAGAGCUGCCACCUGCAGAUGUUGAUACAGAUGACUGCCUGACUUCAUACACACACAUCUACAGUCCAGAUUUACUGAAGGAUCAGGUUGCUUUUAUCACAGGUGGGGGAUCUGGAAUUGGACUCAGGAUAGCUGAAAUUUUCAUGAGGCAUGGCUGUGACACAGUGAUUGCCAGCAGAAAUCUGGACAAGCUCAAAGAGGCUGCUAAAAAGCUGUCUGCUGUGUCAGAGCACCGCUGUCUCCCUUUGUGUAUAGAUGUGAGGCAGCCUGAGAGCAUCGCAGCGGCUGUGGAUGAGACAUUGAAAGAGUUUGGCCGUGUAGACAUCCUUAUUAACAAUGCUGCUGGAAAUUUCCUCUGCCCAGCUACCUCACUCUCUUUCAAUGCCUUCAAGACAGUUAUGGAGAUAGACACUGUGGGUACAUUCAACACCAGCAAAGUGGUUUAUGAGAAGUGGUUCAAGGAUCAUGGUGGAAACAUAGUGAACAUCUCUGCAACACUUGGAUACAAGGGACAGGCGCUUCAGGUGCAUGCUGGAUCUGCUAAAGCUGCAAAUGAUGCCAUGACCAGGCACCUGGCUGUGGAAUGGGGCCCUAGUGGGGUGAGAGUCAAUGCUGUGGCUCCAGGUCCUAUCUCUGGCACAGAGGGCUUCUCCAGACUAGGUGGUCUGAGAGCCGACGCUGCUGGUGCCUUCCAGUCCAUUCCAUUGCAGCGAGCAGGCAACAAGACAGAGAUGGCCCACUGCACUCUUUUCUUGGCCAGCCCAGCAUCCUCUUAUGUGACUGGAGCCAUCCUGGUGGCGGACGGUGGGGCGUGGCUGACCUCAGCCAAUGAUUUCUCCAUGCUGUUGGGUUAUUGGUCAUCUGAAAAGAAACGAGACAAGUAAAUGCUGAAAGCAAGAGUAAUUUCCAGUGUUUACAGUGUAUGCUACAAUGUUUGUGGUUUAACACACCCACUGUAGAGUGUAUUGCUGAGUGGCAAGAGGAAUUUAACACUAAUAUAUGUGAUGAAUUUAAAAACACUUUCUGCUCAGUCUCAUUUGAGUUGAAUACAUGUAUUGAUUCUGGGCCCAUGAAACAAAUAACUUGCAUACGUAUAGAGUCGUAGUGAUACUUUUCAACACCAGCCAGUUUGACCAAUGCCGUAGUAAGGACAGUGUCACUUAUCUCUGAAUAAGAAAUUCCAGCACCCACAGUUUUCUAUAAACCUCUGUUCAGACAUUGAGACACUAUGACUGGACAGACAUCAAAUGUUACAAUGACCCUUGUGUCUUAUUACAAAAGAUGAUUUAACAAUGAUUCAGGAAUUAGCCUAUUCAUACACAUUUUAGUAGAUGUUACUAUAUUUCCCGUAUUAUGUUUAUAAAAAAAUUUCACUCAUGACAGUGCUGUGUAGCCUAUUAUCACUGUGCAUUUCAUAUACAGUCUUGUUUAUUACAUGCCAUUUUACUGUAUGUGAUUUUUCAGUACCUCUCAUUUAUUAAAACAUG